AUGUCUGGACGCGGCAAGGGCGGCAAGGGCCUCGGCAAAGGUGGUGCCAAGCGCCACCGCAAGAUUCUUCGCGACAACAUCCAGGGUAUCACCAAGCCCGCCAUCCGUCGUCUCGCCCGUCGUGGUGGUGUCAAGCGUAUCUCUGCCAUGAUCUACGAGGAGACCCGCGGUGUCCUGAAGACCUUCCUUGAGUCCGUCAUCCGUGACGCUGUCACCUACACCGAGCACGCUAAGCGUAAGACUGUCACCUCCCUUGAUGUUGUCUACGCUCUCAAGCGCCAGGGCCGUACCCUCUACGGUUUCGGUGGUUAA